AUGACAGAUAAUCGUCGACCAGCACGUAUUCAUCGAUUUCGACCAUCAAUGAUUACACCAACUGAUGAUGCCAUACCCGACUAUAUGAAUUUAAUGGGCAUGAUGUUUUCUAUGUGUUCAUUAAUGCUUAAAAUAAAAUGGUGUGCAUGGAUUGCAGUAUUUGCUGCAUUAGUUGGUUUUGCUAAUUCACGUACAAGCGAUGAUGCAAAACAAGUUCUUAGUAGUUUUAUGCUUUCUAUUUCUGCUGUUGUCGUAACUUAUAUGCAAAAUCCUGCUCCGAUGACAAUACCGUUUCUACAAUAA